GGUCCACUUUCUCUUCACUAAUAGUAAGAGCGACUUUAGGCAGAGUUUUAUCUCACCUAAAAAUCCAUUUAGCAUGCCCAAGAAUAAAGGAAAGGUAUGAAAAAAAAUGAAAAAAAGACAAUUCGAUCGGCGUCCAUAGAUAUUGUCUCUUCUAGGGUGGUAAAAACCGGCGUCGCGGCAAGAACGAAAACGACGGCGAUAAACGUGAACUUGUUUUCCGAGAAGACGGUCAGGAAUAUGCUCAAGUGACGAAGAUGCUUGGAAACGGGCGUUUGGAGGCUCAGUGCUUUGAUGGAGAAAAGCGGUUGGCACAUAUAAGAGGGAAGAUGAGGAAAAAGGUUUGGAUAAAUCAGGGGGAUAUCAUACUUUUGUCCCUUCGAGACUUCCAAGACGACAAGGCGGAUGUCAUUGUAAAGUAUACCGCUGAUGAGGCGCGGAAUCUGAAAGCAUAUGGUGAACUUCCGGAGAACGCCAAGAUCAACGAAACUGAUACCUUUGGCGAAGAAGAGGGAGAAUGUACAUUCGAGUUUGGCGAUGAGGGCGAUGUCGAUAUUGAUGACAUCUAGAUUUCUUCUGCAUAUACUCUAUGUACAUGUUCACCCCCUUACACGCUGUAAUAGUCCGUACUUUUUUUACGAUCUUACAUAUUUAUCAUGACCGGCGUGCGGUGCAUGAGGCGCAAUCGAUUGAUUAUGGUCCGC